AUGCUCCAGUCAGUCGUUUUAACAUCUACAAGUAGUAGAGGGGGUCGAUUAAAAGCAAGCGGAAGACUGGUCCCGUUCUUCCACCACGAUCAUCACGUCCUUGUCCAAGUCCCAGGCCCCGCCAACGUCCCCGUCCCCGAGCAGACCUAUUCACGGGCCUGGUUCGCCUGCGACUCCGACGAGAAGCUGCAGACUACUCACCAAGACAUAACCCAACGUCAGGACCAGGAUCAACAUCAGGACCAGGACCGGCAACUCCACUUUGUUCUCCAGCCAGGAGACGGUGUUGGACAAGCUAUGAUACCUGUUUCUCCCCAUCAGGGACAGUUCCCGGGUACUCCGGGGAGUAGCAGCUCAGAAAGCUUCUCGCAAAGGGCAGCCUCCACCACGGCCAGCGGUAGAGUUGCCAGCUCGCAAAAUCAACAAACGAAGAAAAGGACAAGGGCGAUAAGUACAAUCAGAAGAGUGAAAUGUGGCGAAGAAAAACCCGCCUGCUUUCGAUGCACGUCGACCGGACGAGUGUGCGACGGUUACGAUACCGAGGCAACGGCACCCAAGAAGCAGCCGCCGCCUAAUCAGCUGCUAGUCCAGCACCGGUCACGAGGUCUCCAGCCAGCUGCUGCGGUGGCGAAUCCAGCCGCGGGUCCCUCAUCGUCAACGAGGCCCGGCAUCAUAGCUGCCAGUGGACCAGCUGAGAGGACACUUGCCACUACUCCUGUCGUCACCGUUGCCGCCUCUGUCGCCUCAGCCGCAUCGAUAUCGUCAUCGUCGUCGUCGCCUCCACCAGUUGCCGGAUUGCACCACCCAAACCCUGCGACACCAUCUAUUUUGGUACCCGGAUUACCCCCACUUCAACCUCCCGGGCCGGUGUCGCUGGCAGCUGAGAUCGACCUAACGGAUAUCGAGAGAAAGUAUUUGAACGAAUUUACGAGUGUGGCUGAAGAGGGACUCUCGCAGCAUGUAUCGAACCUUGACGAAUUUUGGAAGUGGACCGUGCCUCGAAUGUGCAUGCAGGAUCGUACUGUACGGCAUGCCAUAGUUGCGCUCGGCGCUGCGCUACGGAUUUACCGGGAUGGAGACGGUCUGCUGAGCGGUGCUGGCGCUCUAGGUGGCGGGGCGGCCUCCCAGCAAUCCGAGGUCGUUAUGCUGGAGCAUUACGGACAGGCUAUGGCCCUACUGCGGCAUGCCAAUCUCGAUUCGCCUGGCGUUAUGACUCUUGCGCUUGUCUGCUGCCUCGCAUUCGUCUACAUCGAAAGCCUGCGCAACAAUUGGCGCGACGCCCUGAGGCAUCUCCGAUCAGGCCUGACGAUUAUCAAUACGAUCCCGCUCGAGACCCUCCAGGCCUUGGCCGACCCCUUGGGGUGCGCAGACCUACCGGGACCGGCCAAUCCCCUCGGUAGAGAGAUGGAUUGCAUACUGCGCGCAUUUGCAACCUUGGAGAGUUCUGCAUGUCUUUACACCAACGAUUUCGAACCCAUCAUAGCUUUAAAGCUAUACCACUCACGGAAUCUUUCGGAAGAAAUCCGAUUUCCGGAGUUCACCGACAUCAAAGAGGCACAUCGCGCGGUGGCGCAGUUUUGCCGCGAUGUUUUUGCCCUCAGCUGGAUUUGGCAAAAUGGCCCGUCUGGAGCCGGUGAUGAACUAACAGCGCCCUUACCCGCUGCCAGACGAGACGUCCUCUGUUUUAGGGCGUCGAGGCUCGAGGAUAGGUUACAGCAGUUUUACCAGGGGCCGAACUCUCCAAAGUCGUGGGGGAUAGAGUACAUGUCAAUGUUGAUGGACAAGUUGCAUUUUACCUGCUGCAAGGCCCUUUGCAACUCCCUCAGCAAGGGCACUUCUCUUCCACCCGUAUCCCCCGCGGCUGAGUACAUCGGCUCCUCAUUUGGGGAUCCCUAUGAGGAUAUUGUGAAGAUUGCGGAGUCGAUUAAGCAGGGCGUUUCAUCUACGGCUACAGGGACGCAGCAGAGGAGACGGUUCAUGAUUGAUCUCGGGAUCAUUUGUCCGUUGCAUUUUGUCGCGUGCAAUUGCCGCGAUGAGUCCGUGCGGGAGAGAGCCCUGAACGUCUUGCAGGAUUGGCCGAGGAGGGAGAAUUUAUGGGAUGGUCCCGAGGUGGUUAGGCUCUGGAGGACCGCGGACGCAGAAAGCGCCGGCGGUGGUGGAAGAAGUGGGGCUGUGGAAGAGCUACCAAGGAGCUUGAGCACGGCUUUGGCGAUUCCCGCGCUGAGAGAGAGGUUUGGUAGAUUGAGCUUUAACGACAACGACGACGACGAUGAUGACGACGAGGAGGAGGAUGAAGAGGUGGAAGAGAUGAUUGUGAGAAAGAAGGGACGGCGGCAUACCUGA